CUUAUGUUUAUUGAAGUACCACGGUGAACUAAGAUUUUCGCUGUUUCAAGGCCGAUUAGAGACGAUACCAUGUCUUUCAGACCGCAGACCAAAGCUCUCUUCUUUGAUGUUUUCGGCACCACAGUUCAAUGGCGCAAGGUCGUUACGAAAGCCCUGAAAGAAGCCAGCGAAAACGCCCUCCGUAGCGAUCGAGAAUCGCUCCAGGAUGAUAUCCGUGCACAGGCAUCGGCAAUGACAGAAGAUAAUUGGCACAGCAUGGCCGAGGACUGGCGCGCAUCAUACGGUCGAUUCACAUCGACGUUCGAUCCGUCUAACGGCUUCGUCUCCAUCGAUCAACACCACUACGACUCACUUCUUGAGAUUCUUCGGUCUCGACAGCUAGACGAGCUUUUUACGGAGAGCGAACUGCAAGACGUCGUUCAGUGCUGGCAUAGACUCGAGCCGUGGAAUGAUACCGUGGAAGGGCUGAAGCUGCUAAGCAGCAAGUUCCGCACAAGCACGCUGUCCAACGGCAACGUCUCACUUCUCGAGGACCUCGUGCGGCAUGCCUCGCUUCCUUUCACGGAUAUCGUGAGCGCCGAACAUUUUGGCGCCUACAAGCCGUCACCGCGUGUAUACCUGGGGGCUGCUGAGAAGCUGGGGUUCAAGCCCGAGGAGUGUAUACUUGUGGCGGCGCAUUUGAAAGAUUUGAAAGCGGCCAAGGCUUGCGGAUUCGGGACAAUCUACGUUGAGCGCGUUGGAGAAGAGUUUGGUAAUCUAGAUCACGCCAUCCAGGAGGGAUAUGUCGAUCUGGCCGUGGAGAUGGAAGACAGCCCGGAUGGCUUCGUAGAGGUUGCGAGACGGCUGGGUAUCUCGACCUAGUAGAGCUUCUAACUUGAAUUACUGGUAGGGUGUACUACACUACCUGUCUAAUGGACGCUUGUACCACGGCA